AUGCCCGCCGUCAUCGAGCACUCGGUCACCACGGAGGUGCCUGGGCCCAUGUCCAAGGCCUGCGCCAAGAAGCUUGAUACCUUCUUCGACGCCCGCGCCGUUUACUUCGUUGUCGACUACGACAAGAGCUCCGGAAACUACAUCGUCGACGUUGACGGCAACAGAUACCUCGAUGUCUACUCUCAGAUCGCCUCCAUCCCCGUCGGCUACAACAACCCCACUCUCAUCGAGGCCGCCAAGUCGCCCGAGAUGAUCUCCGCCCUUGUCAACAGACCUGCCAUCGGCAACUUCCCCUCUGCAUUCUGGCACGACCUCCUUCAGGAGGGUCUGAUGAAGGCCGCCCCCGAGGGCCACAACCACAUCUUCACCGCCCAGUCCGGCUCUGAGGCCAACGAGCUGGCCUACAAGGCCGCUUUCAUGCUCUACCGCCGCCGCGAGCGUGGUGAGGCCGAGUGGUCCAACGAGGAGAUCCAGUCCUGCCUCCAGAACACCGCCCCUGGAUCCCCCGAGCUCGCCAUCCUCAGCUUCAAGAACUCCUUCCACGGCCGCGGCUUCGGCAGUCUGUCCACCACCCGGUCCAAGGCCGUCCACAAGCUCGACAUCCCCUCCUUCAACUGGCCCCAGGCCUCCUUCCCCGCCCUGAAGUACCCUCUCGAGGAGCACGCCGCCGAGAACGACGCUGAGGAGAAGCGGUGCUUGGAGGAGGUUGAGAAGCUGAUCCAGAACUGGCACUGCCCGGUUGCCGCCGUCAUCGUUGAGCCCAUCCAGUCCGAGGGUGGUGACAACCAUGCUUCCCCGGCCUUCUUCCAGGGUCUCCGUGACAUCACCAAGAAGCACAACGUUGUCAUGAUCGUUGACGAGGUCCAGACUGGCUUCGGUGCCACUGGAAAGUUCUGGGGACACGCUCACUGGAACCUCACCUCGCCUCCCGAUAUCGUCACCUUCUCCAAGAAGGCCCAGACCGCCGGCUACUUCUUCGGCGACCCCAUGUUGGUCCCCGACAAGGCCUACCGUCAGUUCAACACCUGGAUUGGCGAUGCCGCUCGCGUCAUCGUCUGCAAGGCCGUGAUUGACGAGAUCCGCAACAAGAACCUCGUCGAGCAAACUGCUCGCGUUGGAGAUGUCCUUUACUCCGAGAUGGAGAAGCUUGCUCAGAAGUACCCCGAGCACGUCCAGAACUUGCGCGGCAAGGGCCAGGGAACCUACAUUGCUUUCGAUACCCAGAGCGCUGCAGCUGUCACGAGCUCGAUGAAGCGUCUCGGCGUCAACAUCGGUGCCUGCGGCAAGGAGACCAUUAGACUCAGGCCCAUGCUCAUCUUUGAGGAGUCUCACAUUCCCAUCCUCAUUUCGGCGUUUGAGAAGACCUUUUCCUCUUUGUAA